CAGCUCCAGUCUUAUUCGGAGCUUAUACUAUUCAACUUUGAGUUCAAAAUAUCUCACUUAGCUUGUGAUCAUUAUCAUCCUCCUCUCGUCCAAAAACUCAAGGAGCUUUUGAGAUGGAGAACAAUCACUCAAAGCCUCAUGCUGUUCUAUUUCCCUACCCUCUCCAAGGCCAUGUAAUCCCAGCGGUCCAUCUCGCAAUCAAGCUCGCAUCAAACGGCUUCACAAUCACCUUUGUCAACACUCAGGCAGUCCACCACCAAAUAAUCAAGUCCCAAAGUCCCGAUAACGCCAUAAAAGACGACGUUAACAUCUUCAACGGGGUGUGUAAAUCAAGCCUUGACAUACGUUAUGUAACGAUCAGCGACGGUUUUCCUAUUGGAUUCGAUCGAUCCCUCAACCACGACCAGUUUUGGGAAGGUGUUCUGCUUGUUUUCCCAGCUCAUGUGGAUGAACUUGUAGCAAAACUAGUCCGAUCCGACCCACCGGUCACUUGCUUGAUAGCAGACACUUUCUUUGUGUGGCCGACAAUGAUGGCAACAAAGUAUAACCUUGUGAAUGUGUCAUUUUGGACUGAACCAGUUCUGGUCUUAACCCUCUACUACCAUUUAAACCUCCUCAGAGAAAAUUGUCACUUUGCUUCUCAUGGUAAUCAUCGCCAAGAUACAAUCGAGUACAUUCCAGGUGUGAAAGCAAUUGAACCAAAAGACUUGAUGUCAUACCUUCAAGCUACUGAGGUGACUGAGGUCACAUCCGUAGUUCACAGGAUCAUAUACAAGGCAUUUGAGGAAGUUAAAAGGGCAGAUUUCAUUCUUUGUAACACAAUUCAAGAGCUUGAAUCAGAUACCAUAUCUGCCUUGCAAGAAAAGCAACCUACAUAUGCAAUCGGCCCUAUUUUUCCCAAUGGGUUCGCGAAGAGCACCGUGGCCACGAGUCUCUGGUCCGAAUCUGACUGUAUCGAAUGGCUCAACACUAAACCGCAUGGUUCAAUCCUCUAUGUCUCGUUUGGUAGCUAUGCACAUGCAAGUAAAAAAGACAUAGAGGAAAUAGCCAAUGGCCUUUCGUUAAGCAAAGUCGGCUUUAUUUGGGUUCUUCGACCCGAUAUUGUCAGCUCCAACGAGACCCAAAUCCUACCCAUUGGAUUCGAAGACGAGAUCAAGAAUAGAGGGUUGAUCGUGCCAUGGUGUAGUCAAAUUGAAGUCAUCUCACACCCCGCAAUCGGAGGGUUCUUAACACAUUGCGGAUGGAAUUCAAUACUGGAAAGUAUAUGGUGUGGUCUGCCAUUGUUGUGCUAUCCAUUGUUGACCGACCAAUUCACCAAUCGGAAACUAGUGGUCGACGAUUGGGGGGUCGGGAUUAACCUCUGUGAUCGGAAACCGAUCACAAAGGAGGAGGUGAAAGAGAAGGUGAACCGUUUAAUGAGUGGAAAUUCAAGUGAGGAGUUGAGGAGGAGUGCGAAAGAGGUCAAGAACACAUUGGAGAGUGCAUUGGAUGAAGAUGGUUCAUCAAACAGAAACUUCAAUCGAUUCAUAGAUGACGUGAAGGCUAAAAUCCAAGAGAAACAUGGGCUUGGCUUCAAAGCAUUAAAUGGCAUUCGCUAGGGUUCCUAGAAUGUUACAUAUUCCAAUAAGCCAAUGUUGUCGGUUUUGUUUGUUUUAUUUUAUCAAAUUCACCAGGUGGGCUGGCACGGCGCUUACGUUCAUGUUUGUCCACUUUCUUGAAAUGUAGGAAGAUAUUGCACUUCUGUGUCACUAUAUGGUUGCCUACUAUCACAUUUUCGUGUAGUUUUAGAAUUCUAGUGCGCUAUAGAUUGAAGAUAUUUUAUUAGGAUGUACUAAUCAGAGCUAUGUGAUUCCAUGGUACCAUUAUGGAACAUUCUGUUUUUGUUUGUGUUA